AUGUCCGCCUCGGUGGUGCUUAGCAGCCUACCGCGCGAUGCCCACCGAGCUUUAGCGGAUGCGGAGGCUGUCGAUACAGGAAAAGUGACAGUUCGCUUUCAGCCUCUUCCUUCAGCACCUAUUCUGAAGAAUCGGGUUUUCAAGAUCAGUGCGUCCCAGAAAUUCGAAACAGUUGUCAAAUUCCUCAGGAAGAAGCUCGACUGCAAAGACACAGAUUCUGUCUUUUGCUACGUCAACAGCGUCUUUGCUCCGGGCCUAGAUGAAGGCGUUGGAGGUUUAUGGAGAUGUUUCAAGACGGACGAUCAAUUGAUUGUCUCGUACUCUAUGACGCCAGCAUUCGGUUAA